UUUGUCCUCGACAGAUUAGAGCUCAGUGUACUGAACAAGCCAGAAGGAGUGACACCAAGGAUAAGCCUGUACGACUAUGAGUCAAUGAAAAAGAUGGUUGAGCAAAUCACGGUUAACAUCGCUGGUGGAGAAGUCACUUUCAGUGGCGGCAAGGUAUUUUGUUGAAGAUGGGUUUCAUUUUUGCAACGGCAUACACACCCAACACAACAAAUGUGUGUUCUUUUUCACCCUGUCAUACUCAUCAUUCUUUUCAAAAAACAGGUCAGGAGUGGUACGGCCGUCGGGGGGCUCGAGUCAGCUCGGAAUCAUACCGUUACAGAAAAAAUGGCUAGGCCUGCUAUUGCGACCAAAAGAGCAAACAAUCCAUGCUCACCAAUGCUACGAUCUUCUUACACGAGAAAUGGCCCACAGGAAUUUUCAAAUUACAUACGCUCGCGGUACCCUACCAUAGUAAGAAUUCCGAUAGACAUUUUUUGUGUCUUGUGUGAGAUUUUUUUUUCUAACACGAAGCCAACGCCCUUCAAGUACGCGGAUCAAUAACUUUUGUUUUUCAUGUUUGCACUAAAUAAUACAGUCAGCUCAGAAGCUUGGCAUACUUCUACAGGAACAAAAUGCACGCGGCUUAGCAAACAUAUCGGAAAUGAGGCAAGCGUUCCAAUCGAACAUGUUCACCUUCACUGACAAGCUAAUUGCGUGCCUCGGAGAAAUGUGUACAUGCUGUAAGGCACAUGGACGGAAAAUGUGUAUCCUGAAGAGUGAAGAGACAACCAUCCACGCCGCGCCUCGCACUCCAUCAACUGAUCAGCUAAGCACCCCACUAGUCAGCAAGAUUGGACCACGCCUUCCAGCCCCAGGGCUGCAUGAAGGUGCGUUGUCUGCCAGUAGUUCAAUUUCGAGGAAAAGGGAUGGAAGCUUAUCAUCAAGUAUACAAUCUGGUCCGUCGAAGAGGCUUUGUUUACCUUCCCCCAAUGCAGAAGAUGGCCUUGGUCAAAAACAGAAACCAAUAGCACAGGAUUCGACGGUUAUGGAGAUUGCCAGCAGCAUCAUGUCAAUGUAUGAUGAUCUAACUGCGAUCCUUGUCACUUAUUAUGCCGAGAUGCGGCCACACCCCACGGUGAUUUUGUUUGGUGCAACAACAGACGGGGCACCUGUGAAGAUUGACCUUGCACAGAGCAACUUUGGGAGGGACCCAUGGGUUGCCGGUUCUGUCCCCCCGCCACCCGCAGAAAACGCGCUUAGGGCUAUACGAGACUGGAUGUCAGCAGCCUCCAUGGCAAAUUUGCAGAGGCAAGUUAAACAUUAA